AUGACCACCACGAAGCCUAUCGGUAUACAGGUUAUAGGUGCCGGCCUUCCUCGAACCGCGACUUCCUCACUCCAGGCUGCCCUGCACCAGCUGGGAUAUCAUCCAUGCCAGCAUAUGGUAUCAGACGUCCUCCGUGAUAUUGGAGGGCUGGGUCGUCAGUGGACGCAAGCGUUUCAGGCAAGGGACAAAGCAAGCCGUCAUGCAAUUCUCCGAGAGAUAUGUAAGGACUACCGUGCUAUUGUCGAUGCUCCGGGCUGCUUUUUCGUCGAGGACCUCAUGGAAAUAUACCCUGAGGCAAAGGUGGUGUUGGGACUGAGGAAAAGCCCGGAGGCAUGGCUCAAGUCGUACAAAGAGACCAUAGGAACCGUCCGCUACAAUUACACAUGGUAUUCCUUGGGCUUCCUCCUUCCUCCUGUAAGGUGGUUGUGGAACUUUACGCUAUAUUGGGAGAAGAUGACCCGCGAGAAAUUUCAUACGUCAGUUCCUACUCUUGAGCAUUAUCAUCGCCACAAUGACUAUAUUCGCCGCGUGGUGCAAAAGGAUCGAUUGAUAGAGUUUGAACCUUCUCAAGGCUGGGAGCCGCUCUGCAAGUUUCUUGAACAGCCUAUUCCGGAUUCUCCAUACCCUCGUUUGAACGAUACCAAACAAAUGCAAACAGCUUUGCUUUACAGCCACUUCGUCGGAGCAGGGUUAUGGGGUCUCACAGGUCUUGCACUAUUCGGUGUAUGGAAAGGCAUCGAUCUCGUUCUGCGAUGA